AUGGAAACGCCGGUUCCUACGCCGCCAUUCUUUGGUCGAGCAGGCCAUAACGAGAUCUUUGAAGAAGCCAAGAACUGCCUUUCACAGCUUGACUCAUCCGACCUUGACUCCCAGGAGGCAUGCACGCCGUGCUCACAUUCAAACAAGCCAAUAAGAUUCCAAGAACUCCCACCGUCGAUAAAACAGUCAUGUCUUGCACUUCUUGGCUGCGUCUUUGGUCCUUCCUACGAACACAUGAUUUCACAAGGAACAAAGAAUGAGAAUAGAUUAUGGUCCAACCUAACUGUUCCAGCUGUCAUCAACUCCUUGGAAGCAACAUUCGGGACGAAGCUAGAACGGCGGAAGCUUAAUCUUGAGCUCAUCGCGCAACAAAUCUGCAAUAACACGGCACAGCCAUUUCAAGACAUUGAUACCAGUUCACAAGAGUGGGUAAAUCAGCUUUGUGGACCGAAUCUGCGAUGGGAGUCAAUAGGGCUACUCUGGAGUGUUUUGAGACGGAUACCAGGGUCCUUUGACCCGAUUGAGAAGAACCAGUUCCAUGUCUUGGAGAGCGGAACGGCGAACAAGCCGGUUUUGGCGUUCUUGAGGCACAGCAUCAACUUGGCUCGACACUUUACGCUGGCCAAUGUCAUCAUAUUGGAUCUUCUGUUCCAGAAGGCGAUCAUGGAAUCAAUGGUUGUGGGGGAUGCCAGUCUUAUUUGUUGGAGCUCGUUUGCGGAUGCCGUUUCCGUGAUGACUUAUCUUGGAGUCCACGCCGAGAAGCUCACUGGACAUUACAGACCAUCACUGAGUUCGGAACACAAACGACGUCUUUUCGGUCGAGUUUAUAAUCUUGACAAAGCUAUUGUUGCUUUUACGGGACGACCUCCACUGCUUAAUCCGCGCUUCUGCUCCACACCACCACCACUGGAUUUGAGUGAUGAGGACCUUCUUGCUGGAGGGGCUGCGCUUGAGAGAGUCGUGUCUGAGCUUGAUAGUCGUGGCUGGAACUUAAGAGGCGGUGUUUAUCCUUCGAGUAUCUGUCGAGCUGGUUACUUGAUGGCUCAGAUAUUGAACGAAAUUAUUGAUAUUAGUCUUGCUUCUGGCGCCAAUGCGACUGUUGAGACUAUCAGAAAUCUGAAGCAACGGCAGUUAAAUAUCUUUGCCGAACUUCCCAGGUGUCUUGUUUAUGAUCCUGAUGACCCUACCGAUCUUCCUCUUCCCAAAGCAGAGAUACGGUCGUACGACAAAGACCUUUCUGACCCUCCAGUCGAGGCAAACGUUGUAUCCUUGAAAAUAUUCAUCCGACUCACACAUCUGCAGAACAUGUUCUUGCUCGAAAGGCUACUCCUUCAAUAUGGGUGUCCAGAUGAAGGAGAUGUUCUUUUAGUUUCAUAUGAGAUGAUAACGCUUACUCUGAUGUUCUGGAUGCACAAGGAUCGAUUCCGUGAUAUUCGACGAGAUAUGGAGUGGCUGCUCAUGGCCUUUGCAGUGCCAGGCGGUGGCAUUCUCUGUCUUGAACUACUCAGUCCAACUUUUCAAGGCAAACAUCCCAAGGACAGUCGCCUAAGCCGAUCAAGCAUUGUUCAGCAGCUCAGUCUGCUUGUUGGUUUCUUGGACUGGGUUCACCCAUCAGCACCAAACGGUGAUCUUUGUGCGAGCUGCAAGACUGUUAUACAGCUUCAGUUCUGGUUUAACGGGGAGGCUGAACUUUAG